AUGAGCCACUCUCCCGCGGGCGACUAUGGCGACGGCUACGACGAGAGCUACGGAGGAUACUACGCGGACGAGUAUGCGAGUACUGCCUCUUCCUCGGCACAACAAGCGUCUGAGCCCUACUACGGAGACGUUGACUGGUCGCAAUAUGACUACGUUCCCACCGAAGACGGAGGCUACUGGCAGAUGAAACCACGAUAUGUUCCUGCAGGGCAGUAUCCAACAGUGAUACCACAUCAAGGGUCAGUGAAUGCGGAGGCCUCUGACAGAGAUGAGCAGCAAGAAGUCGUAGACUACAAGUUCCCCUGCCUUGAGGCGGGAUGCACAGCAAACCCUUUCAAGCGCAAGGCCGACCUCGAGAGGCAUUAUAGACAAGUCCACCAGGACCCGUCAAAGAAGGAAGCUCACAAGUGCGACUACCCGAAGUGCUCGCGGAGAAGCGAACCGUUCGGACGACGGGACCACUUCAGAGACCACCUGCGAGACUAUCACAACGAAGACAUUUUCAAGCGGGGCACGCACGUGGAUGACAGCUGGCUCCAAGGGCGCAAUCUUUCGUCGCGAUGGUGGCGGUGCUCAAAGUGCUUGAUAAGGGUCGAUGUCAACUCGUAUCCAGACCACGUUUGCCCCAAGUGCAAAAACCCGUGUGAAGACAAACGCAAGCGUGCGCGAGGUUGGCAUUGAGGGUCAUCGUUGGCACUGCCCCAUCGUCGCAGGCGGAUCACCAUUGGUCCACAGGGACGGAUAAAGCUGAUGCCUAGAGGUGAAGACGCACCUGCAAGAGCUUGGAAGACGACGCCCCGGUUGCUUUUCCCCACAGGAAGACGGCGGUAAACAUACACGGCGAAACGAAGCCCAGGUUUCGGAGCACAGGAGCCACGGCCGUCGCCCGACACGACAUGCUGGCUAUUAGCGACCCGGCAGCACAUCUCCCUUUCUUUGGUUCGGCCCACUGACAAGAGUGCGGCUGAGGCAAUACAAGCUUAUGACGUUGGCAACCAUAGAGUCGGGUUGCACGACCAAUCACGCCGGCACGACUCGGCCUUGUUGCAGCUCACUUUCUCUUUCGGAAUAGGUGGCCAGCAAAAGUCGCAGCGAAGUCAGUCCGUCCUAAGCUCAACAGGCCAUGAUGUUACCU